AUGAUUGCCAAUGUCAAGGCUAGGGAUAUGAGGAAUAGUAUCUCGUUUUGCGCAGGGGUGGCUGCUGGGGGUUCGGGGGGUGACAUGCUUGCGGUGAAUAUGAUGUGGCGUGCGGAUGGGAAUCGGGCGAUGGAGGAAGUGAAGUUGAGGGAGACGACCAAGUGGACGCAGCGAGCACCUAGUUGGUCUUGGGCUUCGUUGGAAGGACCGGUGGCGUGGGAGCCGUUUGUUCCGGAGGGCAGGGUGGAGUGUUGUGUGGAGAUUGAAGCGGGUGUGCCGUCUGGAGUGAUGCCUGAUGAUCAAAUGGUUAGAGAGGCGAGGUUGUUAUUGAGGGGCCUGAUUGUGGAGGUGGUGAGAUCUUCUGGUGAGAGGUUGGGGAAUGUGAGUUGUGAUAUCCAUGCUUAUGUGAUCGAUUUUGAGGAGCAUUCUGCGUGCUAUGCUUUGUUGGGUGGUGAUGUUGAGGAGGUCCUUGGUGGGGGGUGUUUGAUCGAGGGGAUAGGGUUGCUGGCCCUUUUAUGGCGGUUGUUGUGUCCCGGAAUGUGGACGAAGAGGAUGAGCAGAGGCAGUCUCUGA